CGGAUAUAUUUCACGGUUACAGUUUACUUUUAUGUGAACUUCCUCUUCACUUUUGGCAGGUCGCAAAAAUCGUUUGAAAUGAAAAUAGUUUGAGAAACACCACCCCUCUUUCGAAUCAAAUGAAAUAGUAAUCUUGAUAUUGAGAGAAAAUAUAUAUUUACACAUAUAUAGUAUGGCAGAAGACGCGAAUGGAGAGGUACUUGAUAGCUGGGAGGAGUUUGAAGAUACUGGGGAUCUUGACAAGAAAUUAGAAGAAAUGAAAUUAAAGGAAUCCAAAAAACUUGCAUCAGAAGCAGUUGUGGUUGAAGAUGGAAAUAGAACACAGUAUGCUCCACAGGUUCGCAUACUAAAAAGGAAAUCAGAUGCUAAUUCUACAGCAAACCAAGGGACAAGAGCAAAUAACAAACCUACAAAGACUUUGGAACAAAGAGAAGCAGAGUAUGCUGAAGCAAGAAGAAGAAUCUUAGGCUCAACUUCAUCAACAGAAGUGAAAGAGGAAGUCACAGUGACUAAUAACAGACCACCGAGGCUGAUGCAGCUAGAAGAUGGAAGACUUAACGUGAAUAAUAACUGUACUGUGGCUAUUUUGAGACAACCACGUGGUCCGGAUGGAACUGAUGGGUUUGAUCAGAAAGGUUAACAUUCAAAAUUAUCAUUCAACUGUCUUGAUUGAAAUAAAACUGUUAAAUACUCAGACUAGCAUCCCAGUCCCUCGCUGGCUGUCCCUGCAAACAGCGCCCCGCUUGACCGCAGAAAAAAUCAGGGCCAUGGUCACUUGUCCCAUUCAAGGCAUACAUGCUCCUGCAACAGACUGCUAAAGAGUGUGAAUAGCUUGGCAGCUUUAUUCCCAUAACCAUAAAGCAGUUGCAAUAUCCAUUGGACGGAUCUAUGGUAACCAUUUCAUGAUGUGUGCUGAUCGUGGUGCUCUCAGAAAGCAGAAAUGCCCAUAGAUAAAACAUAUACCGAGCAUAACAAUUCUAGAAAGCUUUUGACUAUGUAAGUGCCUAGUAUAUUGUUUUAUCACAAUGCAUGUAUUAUCUAUUAUCUAUCUUUUAAAUGGGACAUCUACUGUUGGCUCAAAUAUGGAGGGCAGCUUUAUGUAAAUAUAUCUUUAUUGUUUAAAACCAUUAUCACUAUUGCGCUUUAAGCACUGGUAUAUAUCGAAUAAGAAAGAACACAUCAACUUAAUCAGAAAUUGCUAAAAAAAUGAUCAUUUGGAGCAAUACGCAAGUUUCGAGAUUAUCUCCCUUUCUGCACUCUUUCAUUGAGGAGGGGAGUUUUGUUGCUGCAUUAACAGACAGGUGGGACACUUAGUUAUAUUAAACACAUUGCAUCAUUGAUAUACUGGUUUAUCAUAACUACAUGUACAUGAUUGUCAGGAUGUACUCUUCAACUCAAAAAGAACCAAACUGAUGAAAGGACGUAAUUUUUUUUAAACAAAACAAUUGUAACAAAAGGAAAUAUCAAUCAAAGUAAGACUUUUCAGACGAGGAAAGAGAUAUGGGUCUCUAGGAAAUACAUAUAUAUCUGAUCUGACAUUGAAUGUCAGCUAUCUGAAUGAUUCUUUCCCUUACUAUAACUUCAAGGAGCCCGCUAAUUUUUUAGCAAAGGUUUGCAUAAUGAAGGAAAUCUUUUAUUUUUUUAUAAAGACUACAAGUUUUCAAAUAUCCUAAUUGAAAGUAGAUAUGUAAAUUAAAUAUGCAUAGUUGAGCUUAAUGAAAUCU